AGCUACCACAAUAUUCAACAUAUGGCUGAUACUCUCAUUCAAGUUGUGAUAGACAAUAUCACUUCUUUCCUUGAAGGAGAACUUGCGUUGCUUUUCGGUUUUGAAAAUGAGUUGGAAAGACUUUCAAGCAGGUUUUCAACAAUCCAAGCAGUGCUUGAAGAUGCUCAGGAGAAGCAACUCAAAGACAAGGCAAUAAAGAACUGGUUACAGAAACUCAAUGCUGCUGCAUAUAAAAUUGAUGACAUGUUGGACGAAUGUAAAUAUGAGGCAACAAAACUCAAGCAGUCCCGAUUAGGGCGUUAUCAUCCUGGGAUUAUCACCUUCCGCUCCGAGAUUGGGAAAAGGAUGAAAGAGAUGAUGGAGAAACUAGAUGCAAUUGCUAGAGAAAAAACGGAUUUUUUUCACUUGCAGGAAAAGAUUACAGAGAGACAGAUUGCUAGGCGGGAAACAGGUUAUGUUUUAACUGAACCAAAAGUUUAUGGAAGGGACAAAGAUAAAGAUAAGAUGGUGGAAAUCUUGACAAAAGAUGUUUGUGGUCUUCAAGAACUUUCAGUCCUCCCAAUACUUGGUAUGGGGGGUAUAGGAAAGACGACUCUUGCCCAAAUGGUCUUCAAUGAUCAGAGAGUAACUGAGCAUUUCAAUCCCAAAAUAUGGAUUUGUGUCUCAGAAGAUUUUGAUGAGAAGAGAUUGAUAAAGGCAAUUGUAGAAUCUAUUGAAGGGCCACUUGGUGACAUGGACUUGGCUCCACUUCAAAAGAAGCUUCAGGAGUUGCUGAAUAGAGAAAGGUACUUUCUUGUUUUGGAUGAUGUUUGGAAUGAAGAUCAACAGAAAUGGGAUAAUCUAAGAGCAGCCUUGAAUGUUGGAGCAAAUGGUGCUUCUGUUCUAACCACUACUCGGCUUGAAAUGGUUGGAUCAAUUAUGGGAACUUUGCGACCAUAUAAAUUGUCAAAUCUGUCUGAAGACCAUUGUUGGUCGUUGUUCAGGCAACGCGCAUUUGGAAAUCAAGAAGAAAUAAGUCCUAGCCUUGAGGCUAUCGGAAAGAAGAUUGUGAAAAAAUGUGGUGGUGUGCCUUUAGCAGCCAAGACUCUUGGAGGUCUUUUGCGCUCCAAGAAAGAAGUAAGACAAUGGGAAAAUGUGAGAGAUAGUGAGAUAUGGAAUUUGCCUCAAGAUGAAAAUUCUAUUUUGCCUGCCCUGAGGUUGAGUUGUCAUCAUCUUCCAGUUGAUUCCAGACGAUGUUUUGCAUAUUGCGCAACAUUCAUAAAGGACACCAAAAUGGAAAAGAAAAAUCUCAUCACUCUCUGGAUGGCACACGGUUACUUGGAGGUAGAAGAUAUGGGUAAUGAAGUAUGGAAUGAAUUAUACAUGAGGUCUUUCUUCCAAGAGAUUGAAGUUAAAUCUGGUAAAACUUCUUUCAAGAUGCAUGAUCUCAUCCAUGAUUUGGCUACAUCUUUUUUUCAGCAAGCACAUCAAGCAGCAAUAUCCGCGAAAAAUUCAGAAGACUAUAAGAAUAGGAUGUCCAUUGGUUUUGCUGAAGUGGUGUCUUCUUACUCUCCUUCGCUCUUGAAAACAUCUAUCUCGUUAAGGGUGCUAAAUCUAAGUAGCUUAGGAAUCAAGCAAUUACCGUCUUCCAUUGGAGAUCUAAUACAUUUAAGAUAUCUGGACAUGUCUCACAAUGACUUUUGUAGUCUUCCAGAGAGUUUAUGCAAGCUUCAAAAUCUGAAGACUCUUGAUCUAAGAAAGUGCUUCUAUCUUACUUGUUUGCCAAAACAAACAAGUAAACUUGUUAGUCUUCGAAAUCUUUUACUUGAUAGCUGUCCAUUGACUUCUAUGCCACCAAGGAUAGGAUCGUUGACAUGCCUCAAGUCUCUAGGUCACUUUGAAGUGAGAAGGAAGAAAGGUUAUCAACUUGGUGAACUACGAAACCUAAAUCUCUAUGGCUCGAUUUCAAUCACACACCUUGAGAGAGUGAAUAAUGAUAGAGAUGCGAUAGAAGCCAAUUUGUCUGCAAAAGCAAAUCUGCAAUCUUUAAGCAUGAGUUGGGAUAUCGGUGGACCACAUAGAUACAAAUCACAUGAAGUUAAAGUGCUUGAAGCCCUCAAACCACACCCCAAUCUGAAACAUUUAGAAAUCACUGGCUUCAGAGGACUCCGUUUUCCAAACUGGAUAAAUCACUCAGUUUUGGAAAAGGUCAUAUCUAUUAGCAUUUGUAAUUGUAAAAACUGCUCGUGCUUGCCACCCUUUGGUGAGCUGCCUUGUCUAGAAAGUCUAGAGUUAACAUUCGGGAGUGAUGAGGUGGAGUAUUUUGAAGAGGAUGAUGUUCAUUCUGGAAGCCCCACAAGAAGGUGGUUUCCAUCCCUGAGAAAACUUCAUAUAAAGGGCUUUCGUAAUCUAAAAGGAUUGAUGAAAAAGGAAGGAGAGGAGCAAUUCCCCAUGCUUGAAGAGAUGAACAUUUCGUCUUGCCCUAUGUUUGUUUUUCCAACCCUUUCUUCUGUCAAGAAAUUGGAAAUUAGGGGGAAGGUAGAUGCAGAAAGUUUGAGCUCAAUAUCCAACCUUAGCACUCUUACUUCCCUCGAGUUUCUUGGUAACCACGAAGCAACUUCAUUCCCAGACGAGAUGUUCAAUGGCCUUGCGUAUCUCAAAUACUUGCAAAUCUAUGACUUAAAGAAACUCAACGAGCUGCCUACCAGCCUGGCUAGUCUCAAUGCUUUGAAGAGUCUGGUAAUUAGAAAUUGUUCCGCACUAGAAAGUCUUCCCAAGGCAUUGCAGAACCUAACAGCCCUCACAACUUUAACAGUUAUUGGCAGUCCAAAAGUGAAAGACCGGUGUGUGAAGGGAAUAGGAGAAGACUGGCGCAAAAUUGCUCACAUUCCUAAUCUGCUUAUUAUGGAGAGUUAGUUGUAAUUGUUUCUUUGUUUGUGAGUUUCCUGUCAUUGGAUGUAAUUUUCUGAUUUUCUUUUGGAAACAAAUCAACAAUCUUUUCGGAUUUGUAU